AUGUCAAAAUUCGGACGGCAUCAAUUUCUUCUAUCCGCGAAAUCUAAAGUGAAGAAUAAUCAAGAAACUGAGUUCAGACUAUUUAACAUGAACGAGGCCGAAGACGACGACUUCUUCUCAGAUGACGAUGAUUUACUGGAGGAAUUUUCCAAAAGGCCGCCGAGAGGCACUUCCGCCAACUUAAGCUUCACCAAUGGGGGCAUCAUAGCCCAUCUUAACGAUAAACCACCAGCCGCAUCUACGCUUCCAGACGAUGUACUCCAAAAACUAGCAGAUAUGGAAGCACGGCUUGUAAAAGCUCAAGGUGAAGCUAGCAUGCUUCGAGACAAAUUGAACAUCUUUCAAACCGAGAAUGAACAAGAAAGGAAAACUCACGUCCAAAAGAAGAAAGAACUUGAGCAAAUCCACCGAGAAGAGGUCAAUCGAAUUAAAGCAGACUUGCAAAAGGCAGAGGAUGAGAAAAAAUUCUUAAUAAUGGCAGAGAAGGCCAAGAAUAGAAGUCUUAACCCCACGCCAGUGAGUGCGCAGAGUGCCGUCAGCGAGAGCGAAAGCGGUAAAACUAAAAAGCGUAAACUGGAGGAACCUAGCAAGGAGACGGUGGGACUUAAUCCCCACAGAGUUUUCCCAGAUGAGGUUGGACUUUUUGUGGAUUCUUUACUACAAUUCAGAUUGGCCGGUUCCGAGAUGACAGUUAUCGAAAUACUGAGCCAGAUUUGCCUUGAACAUAUAACGGAAUUCAAAUGCAAGACCUUCGAACUUUCUGCGGGACAAAGUAUAGGCGAAAGAAUCUUAUCUAUGCUGAGAUUACAAAAAGAGUCCUUGGUCAAAUUGGAUAAGUUGAUUGAUGUAUUACUGGAAACCCUUGCAAGUCUAAUUAAGGAAAUCUCAUAUCACAAAAGCGAGUAUCGUACAGCUUUGCCAUUUCUCGUUGCAUUAAUGUAUCACACGAUUACAUUUAGACCAAGUGCUGUUCACAUAUAUGCUCUUAAAGAUCUGUUUCAAUUUACCGGUGACCUUAUUCGAACAAACCGCAGAGUACUGAAAAGGCCCCUUGCUAAUACAGAUUCUACACUCGAUGUUAAGCCAGAAAUAUUUCAGUAUGAAUUGAUUGAUAAUUUGGUUGUGUUUUAUUCAUUUGAUAUCUUUGAGCGAUCUUUCAAAGUUUUACAAACGCAAUCACUUCAUUCCCAAGCAGAGUUAAUCGACCAACAUCUACUUGAAAUCAUCGAAGAUCUUACCCGCUACUCACUUUCAAUAUCUUAUCAGCCCAUCCUUAAUGUUGUCUAUUCUUCCGUGGAAAUCCUUAACAGUUUAGCUAAUAUAAUAUUGGAGAAUCCUCAAUUAAAAUCUUCGGUUCCUGAAGGUUGGUGGAAUAACAUGAUCUACCGGUUGUACUAUAUUUUGAAUAAAAAUGUGAGUAAUAUGGAAGAAUAUUUAACUGAUUCUUCCUGCAUAUCUUUUCCUGCGGAGACAAAUGUAUUCGGAUUGAUUAGAAAUAUAGGUGAUAACUACUGCGGGCCAUUAGUUUCUAAACUUGUGCGUAAAGAUAAGCUUCAAUCAGCACCCGAAGUAAUCUUAAAGAACUUCGUAACAAAAAAGGGAAUUACAGAAAAGUCACUCAACGUCGAAUGGUGGUGUUUAAUGCUGAAAAUAGGCAUCAUCAAAUUGUUAGAAAAGCUUUCCAUCAUAAGAGCAGACCAACCAUUAGAAAGAGAGCUUUUGAAGAAUUUAGUAAGGCUUUUAGCUACAGAGCAAGAGCUGCUAUUGACAGUUUUAUUGGGACAAGACUCUCAAAAUAUGCAUUUACAUUUCGAUCUUCUCACGCGGCUGAUUAAGCUGAUCUUUCAAUUGUGGAGAAGCGGCCGCAUAGCUAGCCGUUAUCUGAAAGAGGUAGAGCCAGAACUUACGGUGUGUUUGUGGCGAAUAGUAUUUGGAACCGAUCAAGAGGAUACCGAAUCCAUUGAGAUGAGCGAGCAUAAAAAGCUCGUUGAUAGGCUGGACGAGUUGCAAUUGCAGGAAGAUGUAGACCUUUUUGACGAUGCAUUUGACGAGGAAGUUCCUAAAUAUAUAGAGGAAGAAUUUCGCAAAACGAGCUUCUUACGUUGCCAGUCGAUAAUGGGUAGCGGUAUAGAACGAAACACCAAGGAUAUGGCCAAAUCAAUACUAGAGAGCAUCACAUCAAUGGAAGACGCCGACGCACUCUAUCUUGCAAUGUAUCAAGGUUCUUAG